CUCGGCUUCCCGUCCCUUGCGUCCCCGGCCUGCGUGCUGCCCCCCCGCGACACCUCACGGAGGCCAGUCAGGGGCGCCCUGCGAUGCGUCUCCAACGGUGGGGGUGAAGAACUCGAGGUGGAAGAAUACAUGCUUGCUUUCAGUGAACAAGAGCAUGUUCCCAAAUUCCAUUUUGGGUAGCCCGCCCUAUCCGAGCCAUCAGCAGCAUGGUAGCUUCUUCGCCCUGUCUCCCACUCUUUACUCACACCAGCAGUUCAUAGAUGCGCAGUUCAACUUUCAGAAUGCAGACUUGUCUAGGGCUGUGUCAUUACAGCAGCUGACAUACGGAAAUGUCAGUCCAAUACAGACCUCAUCUUCUCCGCUAUUUCGAAGAAGGAAGAGAUUAAGCGAUGAAAAAAACCUUCCUCUUGAUGGUAAACGGCAGCGUUUCCAUUCACCCCACCAUGAGCCAACUGUCGUAAACCAGAUAGUGCCUUUAUCAGGAGACCGGAGAUAUUCCAUGCCACCGCUGUUUCAUGCACACUAUAUACCCAAUAUGGUCAGAUGUGUUCCACCCUUCCAAGAAAUACCCUUUUUAGAACCUAGAGAAAUCAUACUACCUGAAGCCAAAGAUAAAUUGAGUCUGCAGAUCCUGGAGUUAUUUGAAACAUGUCAGCAGCAGCUCAGUGACUUAAAGAAGAAAGAACUAUGUCGGACGCAGCUGCAGCGGGAGAUCCAGCUCCUGUUUCGGCAAAGCAGACUUUUUUUGGUUGGAUCCUCUUUAAACGGUUUUGGUGCUCGGACCAGUGACGGUGAUUUAUGUCUGGUUGUUAAAGAAGAGCCACCAGUAAGCCAGAAGACCGAAGCACGGCAUAUACUCACCUUAGUCCACAAGCACCUCUGUACCAGGCUGGCUGGCUACAUUGAGAGACCUCAGCUGAUUGGUGCAAAAGUGCCCAUCGUCAAGUUCAGGGAUAAAGUCAGUUGUGUGGAGUUUGACUUGAAUGUAAACAAUAUUGCUGGAAUAAGAAAUACAUUCCUUCUUAGAACUUAUGCAUACCUUGAGAACCGAGUCCGUCCGUUAGUACUGGUGAUUAAGAAGUGGGCCAGUCACCAUGAUAUAAAUGACGCCAGCCGUGGUACUUUAAACAGCUACAGUCUUGUAUUGAUGGUUUUGCACUAUUUACAGACCUUACCUGAACCCAUCCUUCCAUCCCUCCAAAAAAUUUACCCAGAAUCUUUUAGUCCUGCCAUCCAGCUCCACCUUGUACAUCAAGCCCCAUGUAAUGUUCCUCCUUACCUCUCAAAAAAUGAAUCAAAUCUUGGAGACCUCUUGCUGGGUUUUCUUAAAUAUUAUGCUACAGAAUUUGACUGGAACAGUCAGAUGAUUUCAGUUCGUGAAGCCAAAGCCAUUCCGAGGCCUGACGGCAUUGAGUGGAGAAACAAAUACAUCUGUGUGGAAGAACCUUUUGAUGGAACAAAUACAGCGAGAGCUGUGCAUGAAAAGCAGAAGUUUGACAUGAAAAACAAGAGAGACUUGAACAGCAUCCUCCCCCUGAGACACACUGUCCUGAAGAGAUGA